CCGACCCACCCGAAUCUUCGUCCUCACCCAGCAAUAAUGUCUGCCUCCGUCCAGUGCUUCGGAAAGAAGAAGACCGCUACCGCCGUCGCCCACUGCAAGGCCGGCCGUGGUCUCUUGAAGAUCAACGGGUCGCCCAUCGAGCUCGUUCAGCCCGAGAUCCUUCGCUUGAAGGUCUACGAGCCCAUCCUCAUCGCUGGUGUCGACAAGUUCGCCAACGUUGACAUCCGUGUCCGCGUCUCCGGUGGUGGUCACACUUCCCAGGUCUACGCCAUCCGUCAGGCUAUUGCCAAGGCUAUCGUCGCUUACUACCAGAAGUUCGUUGACGAGCAGUCCAAGAACGAGAUCAAGGCUGCCCUCGUCCAGUACGACCGUACCCUCUUGGUCGCCGACCCCCGUCGCGCCGAGCCCAAGAAGUUCGGAGGAAAGGGUGCCCGCUCCAAGUUCCAGAAGUCUUACCGUUAAAGCGUAUGCGCUUUGCGGUCAACCAAGACUUCGAUCUUCGGAACUUGGUUGGACGGUAUUCGGGAAGGAG